CCCGCCACAUGUUGCGCGACGCUCUCCCUCGACCGACGCUCCCUGCUGAUGGCGCCCAUGGUUAGACUCGGGAUGCGGCCGGGCCCGGGCGUGCUGGGCGCGCGGCGACGACUGCAGCGAUGCAUAGCGACGGCCGCCGAGCGCGCCAGCAAUGCGCGGCAGACGGCGAGAGAGCGCAUCCAGGCCGUCGACCAGGCCAAGCCGUUCGCCGCAGCGCUGACGGACGGGUUCCAGCGGCAGCACGACUACCUGCGCAUCAGCGUCACGGAGCGCUGCAACCUGCGCUGUCUGUACUGCAUGCCCGAAGAGGGUGUGCCGCUGUCGCCGCCCGCCGCGAUGCUCACGACGCCCGAGAUUGUCUACCUCUCGUCGCUCUUCGUCUCGCAGGGCGUCACCAAGAUCCGUCUGACGGGCGGCGAGCCCACGGUGCGCCGCGACAUUGUCCCGCUGAUGCAGCAGAUCGGCCGCCUCCGCCCAAGCGGGCUGCGCGAGCUCGCCCUCACCACCAACGGCAUCGCGCUGCACCGCAAGCUGGACGCCCUGGUCGACGCGGGGCUGACGGCCGUCAACCUCAGCCUCGACACCCUGGACCCCUUCCAGUUCCAGAUCAUGACGCGCCGCAACGGCUUCGACGCCGUCAUCAAGUCCAUUGACCGCAUCCUCGAGAUGAACCGCGUGGGCGCCAACGUCAAGCUCAAGGUCAACUGCGUCGUCAUGCGCGGCCUGAACGAGCGCGAGAUGCUGCCGUUUGUCGACAUGGGCCGCGACAAGGACCUGGAGGUGCGCUUCAUCGAGUACAUGCCGUUUGGCGGGAACAAGUGGAGCGAGAACAAGAUGAUCAGCUUCCAGGACAUGGUCGACACGAUCCGCGUCGCGCACCCGGGGCUCGCGCGCCUCCCAGGGCACAAGAACGACACGAGCAAGACGUACCAGGUGCCCGGCUUCGUCGGCCGCGUCGGCUUCAUCUCCAGCAUGACCAACGACUUCUGCAGCUCCUGCAACCGCCUGCGCAUCACCAGCGACGGCGCCCUGAAGGUGUGUCUGCACGGCAACGACGAGGUCUCGCUGCGCGACCUGCUGCGCGCCGACAACAACGGCGACCCCAUCGACGACGCCGCCUUUGAACGCAUCAGGCAGAUGGAACAGGACCGCCACAACGGCCGCCUCGCCGCCGAGACCACGCUUGGCUGGGGCCCCCGCGAGCGCAAGCUGCUCGAGGUCAUCGCGCGCGCCGUCCAGCGCAAGCCCGAGAAGCACGCCGACAUGGACCAGCUGGCCGCCAUGCCGAACCGGCCCAUGAUCCUGAUUGGUGGGUGACUGCUUUUCUUUGGUCGAGGCGGUGUUUUUUUUUUUUUUUGUUGAUAUUCCACGGCGGGACGUUCCAUGUGUUGUGUGGUCUGGCCUUUGAACUAGGGCGUCGCCGGCUAUAUACGAAUUCAUUGCCUGUUUUUGUGAUUCAAUGUCGCUGGACUGUGUAUACCUUUGUUGUCGACAUGUCGUUUAAGCCUGUAUACCCGCAUUCUUCAUCAACACGUCUACGCCUGCAUACCUCCAUUCUUCAUCAACACGUCUACGCCUGCAUACCUCCAUUCUUCACCAACACGUCUACGCCUGUAUACCUCCAUUCUUCAUCAACACGUCUACCUGUCAGUCCAGCGCUGACGUGUGUAGACCAGCAACGCUCGCUCAACCCCACGCACACCCGCGCUGCGCCGACGGCGACAAGCGUCCUGGCGUCACAUGCCUACUUGAAUCCUCUCCUUGGACGUCAUCCC